UGGUUGGAUUUUGGAUUUAAAAAAAGAAGAUUGACCUAUAACCUCUCUGUCAAAAUAUUAGUCCUCGUUAUUUGUAACGUAGAUGUGAUUUUCGUGUUAAUUUUAAUGUCGUGUGCCACGAUUUAAAACAAGAAGAUAACGUCGAGAACCCGAUCAGCUGAUCACCUGUCAAGUCGAUGAGAGAGAAUACACAAGUUACGCGAUGCCUAUAAAACUCAUCGGUCGUACGACAGAUUUCAAGGGAAAACCCUUGUGGGAGAUUUUGGGAAAUUUGAAAAACUUUGGCGUAGGAAGACUUGUGAUCAGGAAUCGCUUUCAGAGGUAUCCCGAAGCAUGUUACAUGAAGAUACUUAAGGUAGCCGCGAUGCCCUUGCCGGAUAGAGCUUAUACUGAUCGUAAAGUUAUGGUACUAGUCGAGAGGGUUUUUCGCGGUCAAAAAAGCCCAAAACCAAUUCAGCUGGACGCUGCGACUUACAAAGCUGAUUAUAUGUUGGUACCCAAAGAUCAGGAGCACUUGUAUCUAGAGAAUAGGCAAUUGCCAGAGGAAAAAAUUUUGCCUAAAACGACAGAUCUUCCGCCGUUACUCUCGCAAAUUUUAAUGCGUCAGAUGAAGACUAAAGGAGUAACAGUGUCCGAGGAACCGAAAUUAGCUCUUAGAUAUAAUUUUGAAGGGGCAGCGAUUAAGAAUUACAGAUUAGCCAAGGAGGGUGAAAGUCCAACGGUGAAAUUGAAUUUUAGUCUGGACGAGUCUAGUGUUUUGUAUCCAAAGUUAGAAGAAGAAGUAUCUUUGUGAGAUGUAUUUAAUUUCUAUAGAAAAUUAAAGGAAUAGUUGUUUUAUAAAUACAUGAGAUGUGUCAAGUUAUUUAAAAAAAAAAGUAAAGGUGUAACGAUCAGUCUAACACUUUGAGAGUUUCGCUUUAUCAAGUUCAGUAAAACUGUCCAUUCUCUCUACACGGAUGACCUGCAAUUUAUAUAGCAGUCGUUAUAUAUUUCAAUCUCUUGCUUAAUUAUAUUCCAGUACCUUCCAAAAUUGACGCAUCUCCUCAACAUCCAUUCUUUUUCUAACGAGCCAACCACGAACAUAUCUCUGUAUUUGUAAGGCGGCAUCUUCUUUGCUCCACA